UUGUUGGUUUGGUUUGGUUUGGUUGGUGUUUUCGAAUCGAAGGAACUUCCAGGCCCCUGCCAGCUCUAUAAGCAAGCUCACUAGAAAGUCAGGGUUCUGAUCUUGAACUCACGAACAACCGAUCACGAGCGAACGAACCCAUCUACGAACCACUGCUCUAUAAAACGAGCAGCCCAUCCAGUCAUCACUAAUAAUUUGGCAAAGCACUGCUAAACUGCUCAGUUGCAACGAUUGACAUUCUUUAUAUGAGAGCUUCGACAGAUCAGACGGCCGCACGUCAUCCAUCACACGCCGGCGAAACCCGUUGCAGAAUCCCCAUAUAAGACAACAUCCCCCCCUCCAACCGAGCGCAUACAUAGCCGAUCAACGAAGUCAGCUCAUUUAAGAGUGCAAAAUAUCUAACAUCCCUGAGAAAAUCGCCCAACCGGACAACAAUCCCUACAACCAGCAGUCAGAAAUGCAGCACUUAUUGAGGUCGAUUUACAAUAAUCAAUGGUUUCCCUUCCAAACCAUCCCAUUACUAUCCUCACCCAAGUCAACCCCAGCUUCCUCUCCAGCUGUAGACCUAUCCCCUUCUUUAUCAUCGUCAUCAUCCACAUCAUCAUCAUCAUCCGGCAACUCGACCCUUCGACCAAGCCUUACCCCAACUGAGGAGGGGGAUCAUCAUUUUCAGCUUGAUUCCUCCGAUCAAUUCCAUCUGCUUCAGAUCACCUCCACAUCACUGUCGAUAUCCGUCUCAUUGCCAUCCUCCUAUCUAAACAACCAACUCAUCCAUCCACUCAUCAACCUCAACUCUCAACCAUGGUCUAAACUACUCCUUCUUGAUCAAUCCCAGCCUAGCAAUCGAGCUAGUCAUCCAGACCAGGAUGGUACCUCGCUUGCUUCACUCACGAUCUUGAUCUAUGGACUAGAACCGGGCACGGUUUAUGACGUAGACCUUGAACUGAACUUGGUCGAUCAACAUCCAGCACUCAACUUAGCCUCCAACUCGAGCCUACGUAACCAACCUACUGAUGAUAUCCAGCAUAACCUACCACAAAAACUCGACUCAACAUCUACCACCAGGCUUGAACUGAAUGACCAACCCCCAGCCAGGCAACACUCUCAUCGCCUUAAACUAUCAGACGCCAGGGCUCGAUCACAGACAUCAAUUCCUCACAUGGACCCCGAUGGACCUCCACCCCCGUAUACAUCCUAUGACCCAGCUUCUCCAACUCAGACUUGUACUUCAGAUGUGGUCCGAAGUUCAUCACAUUCAUUUUCGCCCCUCGAAUCUAGCUUUGCCGAAAUCACCAGCACGGAAACCUCACUUGAUGCAAGCACUUUGCCCGCCCCUCGAUCAGACAACACGAAUGAAGAAGAUCAGGCCAUGCGAACAGAAGUUGAGAAACAAGCUCUGGCAUUGCGUGAAGCAAUUGAAGAGAAUGCCCCGUUAAAGCAAAGCCUAUGUGACCUUGAACAGCUGAUCAAACGUUUGGAUGAGGAGAACGUGACCAAGUCGGCCGCACUGCUGAGCUACGAUGAACCCAAGAUGGUUGAGUUUGAAAAAAGGAUCGAGGAUCAGAAAGAAAAACUGAAACGCAAAACGGAAGAGUAUAACGCAUUAGAGCAGAAAAAUCAACGGAAAUUAGAUACCCUCAAGCAGAACAAUCAACUUUUAAAGACUCGCUGGGAAGAGAGUAUACAAAGAGUAGGAGAUCUUAAAGAGAAGACUCUGAAACCAACCGAAGAAGAGAUCGAAGAGUUAACGCGUCAGCUAAGUGAAUGUGAAAAGGAGAUCAAAUCUAUCGACCGCGAAACUCAGAAACGCGCCAUCGAGCAUUCCAAUCAAUUCCAAAUCGUCAGAUCGAGGAGUGCGAGCAAGAAACCCAACUUGAUACCCUCGACUUCCAACUCUCGUGGUACAUCUAAUGACUCAGCUCACAAAGAAGCUUCAAAGAAUCGCAGACAAUCAAAAUGGCGAUCAAUGGACGAUUUCAAAUCUAUGAAUCCUUCACUUGUUCGAAGGAAUCAUUCCGGUAAAACGGUCGCACUCGAUGAGAAGACUCCCGCAGGAAGUACCACAGUCGUUGCUCAACAGCAGCCCAAAAUUCUGUAUCAGCACAACAGAUCUAGACUCAAUAAAAGCAUCUCCAUUGCCGCGUGUCCCUCUCCGAACGGGUCACCCGAGAAAAAAUCGAGAUAUAUGCGAGGACAAUUAGCUUCCACUCACUCUUCUCUACCUGCUACUAAUACUACCGCUCCUACCUCUACUGUUACGACUCCAACACCAACGACCACCACCACCACCACCACGCCAGUUAAUCAUUCUCACUCUGUGCCUGUCGUCUCGGUCAGCGCAAAAACUUGGGCCGAGAAACUCGCUCAAUCUUAAAUGUUUUCUUACGCCAAUUAUCAAUUUGUUUUAUAUACUUCUUGCUUGUGUGUUUAGUCUUAUCUUUUCUCAGAUACCUAGGUCUUUUGUCAGGGACUAUAGUCAUCGGCAUUCCAUGGGGACAACAAUGGCUUCUUCUUCUAAACAUAUGUCUUGUUCUCUAGUUUCAACCUCCUUUUUUUAGUGAACAACAAAUGAAAUAAACGAACUCCUCCUUGAUUUCUGAGGGUUUUUUUUUGAACCGCAAAU